GGAUGGGGGCAUGGGGGGGCACAGCUACCAUCAUGCUCACCACUGCGAGUGACUCGUUCUCACCUCCCUUGCUAUCUUCUCUCUCCUUCUGCAGCAGUAACUGUGACCUGGACUAUGAGCUCUACAGGGACGAUUUCCCUUACAGGGUGUACGAGUACCAGAAGAUCCCGCCCCUUAUUAAUCGCAUUCCGGUCAAGACCAGACGAGCCCACGUGGGAGCAGGGGGCAAGAGCAGCCUGAUCCCCCACCCGGGGCCGAGAGGCAGCAGCAACGCACCGUUGGGUCGGACAAAGCUGCGUGCCGAAGAGCUGCAUUCCAUCAAGGGAGAGCUGAGCCAGAUCAAAGCCCAGGUGGACAAUCUGCUGGAGAGUCUGGAUCGGAUGGACCAGCGGCGGGAGCGGCUGGCUGGGGAGAGAGGCUCCAAGGAGGGGGAGAAGAAGAAGAAGGCUCAAGUGAGUGAAGAGCCCUCGUACCCGGCGGGGGAGCCGCAAGGGAAGGAGAGCCCAGCUGCCGACGCGCAGAGCGACCUGAGGGACAUCGACAGUGAGGAGGAGAGCACAGACACCGAGGAGACGAUGAAAAACCACACGUCAGACCCGGAGGGCAGCCAGUAACCGGACUGGGGCGCCACAGCCUUCCCCAGGUUGGCUAGCAUUUCCUUUCCUGUGUUUGUAUUUCUUUCAAGGCCGCCAGCUGGUGCCACACAUGACAUGAGUGUACCUGGUCUCAGCGCUAGCGCAACAAAGCCGUGUCCCGCGCCUCAUCAUUUCCGCCAGCACCAGACCCCACCACACGGAGGGAAAUCUCGGUGUUAUGAUUGUUCCUUUUAGCAGCGGGGGAAAUGUAGUGUGGGGGAAGGGCAGGUAGAAAGCCCCCGAGGCGCUAGACUGUCUGGACCUGGUGGCGUAUUUAAGACCCAUGUAGAAAUCCAGGCAGCCCUCGCUUUGUCCGCAACCUGCACUGUUGGAACAAGAGGGUGUGUUGCUCUGUUGGUUCCCAAGCCAUGCCAUUGCUGUAUGCAGCCCUGUGCCAUGCAAGGGACCCACUGUCUCCCACUGCAGGGUUCCCCCUCCCAGGCCCUACGUCACCCCCUCCCGCUCAGGGACUAGCUCAGGCCACGUGCAGCAUCGGUGCAGGAUGGAGCUCCCGUCAUUCUCUGUUUUUCCUGUGUGCCUCACUGUGGCUUCUUGCCCUGCCUCUGGGCCUUGAUUGGUUGAGAGACGCCUGGUGCCACAGGAAAAACACCCUGGCUUUGGCCACUCUGCUCAAAUGCCAGCUUCAUCCGGAGCAGAACAGGGACCUCCUGGGGGACCCUUCCCAUCGCCUGUCUGCGUGACCCUCGUCACGGAGCUCAGUGAACCUUGCAAUGAAGCGGUCCUAGAAAGAGCCAAAAUGUCACCCACUCAUGGCCGCAGCAGGCCGACGCGCUCGCCCAAGUCAACAUUUAAGGCCCCGAGUUCUCGCUGCACCAGGUCGUUCAGAGCAGGAUUUCCAUGCCCCGAUGGGAUGGUCAGGCUCUUGCAGUCCGGCAGAGCGAGCAGGGAAGCAGCAGGCAUUUAUUCCUUGCCUCCCACAAGGGCUAGCGCAGGGCUGCAGCGUGGUGACCCGCAGACAAAACGCUCCAGGACUAGCCUUGCUGCUUCCUUGUGGUGCUCAUGGAAAUCUCAACGAGGCAGAGCUCUGCUGGGACAGAACUGGCUUGUCAGCUACAGCUCGUACCCUGGGGCUCAGCCAUGUCCCCAGCGUUCAGUCCCCCAGCCAAGGCUGCAGCAUCUCUCCGAAUUGCUGCUCGCUCUGCCGAGGCAUGGCUGGUCACCAAAGGGGAUCCCUUCCCCCCAGGGCUGCUAGAGUAACAAACAUUCCCCCUUCUGUGGAAUCACUAGGAAACCACAGAGCAAGAAAUAUCAUUUCCAUGUGCCAGGCCUUUUAGAGGCAGGCAGAAAUCUCCUGGCCUGGAGAUUUUACAUCUAAACCUCAAGGUUAGAGGACAGCACUGGGAGGCAGGUUUGAGCGCUACACCUAGCUCUGACGCUGGCCUGCUAGGUAACCUUGGCCAAGUCACUCCACCAAGUCUCUUGUGCCUCAGUUUCCCCAUCUGCGAAAGAGGGACAAUAUACAAGCCACUGCACAGGUUCAUUGGGAGACUUUAUUUGCUGACCUGUACGUGAAACAUUUGGACCUGGCUUCACUAGGGAAAAGGUGUGGUUAACCUAUGUAACAAUCCUAAUGUAAACACGGCCAUUGUUUUUAGCCUGUCUUAUGAGGAGGGGUAUUUGUCUAGCUCCAGGACCCCAAUGCUGUACAAACACCCAACAUAAAGAUGAGCCGUGCCCGAGAGAGCUCACAUGCCAAGAGCUGGAGCCAGGCAGCCGGGGCACAAGGGACCAAUGCCAGCACUGGUCAGCGGGACAGGCAGAGCGCCCAGCACUCCAGCAGCCUCGUUGUUGUUGGCGGCAUCACAGCAAAGGAGAGUUUUAAGGCAGGGUUGGAAGGUGGAUAAUGCGGCAGCUCCAGGGAUGCUGACGGGGCACAGCUACCACGUGGGAGAGGCAGCCUGGGCAAGCAUGAAGGGGCUGGUUUGAAGCUGUAACAAGUGGGUGAUGGAGAUUGGCCUCAUGGUCUGGUCAGAGGCAGGCGCCAGCAUCUCGCUAGUGAACAAGAGACGGUAGGUUGGGUGGGGACAGGCUGUGAAGGGCCCCAGAAGUGAGGACAAAGGCUUCCUUCCAUUUGAUGUGCUAGAAAGGGAGGCUGGUCAUAGCAAACACGAGGCGGGAGCCAGUGGUUCACGUUGACCAGCUACAACUUGCCUUGUCUACACUGGGAUUUUAACCCAGGUUAAAAAUACAGCUUGAUUCCUAGUGAAGACACAGCCUUUGAGACCCACAAAUGGAAAGGGCUUCGAGUGCUUGGUACUGCCAUUACGUGGAUGCUGGUAACAGCCCAGGGCCUCCUAGCCCUGGCAGUGUGGCUGAGAAACCGCCAUCAAGCCAGUGCCCCUCCGUGGCUGUGCAGAGCACCCCUAAGAAGCUGUCGCUGUUUGCAAACUGGAUAGCUUUGAUUUUCCGCUGGCUCAGAAAAGGUUUUUCCUUUAGUCUCACAUGGCUUCUCUAUACCGUGCUAUGUGAUAUGGUUCAGAGUCACUUCCUAGGAAUUCCAUGAGCAGCUUUACCAGAAAUAAAAGGAGUGGGAUUCUUUUCCCAGCAGGCUAAUUCCUGCUACGUGAACAAUGACAUGCCCGUGCUUUGGGUUGUUUCACCUUCACCCAAAGAACCUGUAUUCCCCCUCUGCCCCCAUACUACUGUGUUUUGGAACAAUUGUAGCUCCUUUCCGUGUCCCUCAUUUCUAGGUAGUCUCUCUCACGCUGGUAGGAAAUUGUGUCUGUAUUUCUAAUUUGCUCUGGAAAAAGAGUGUAUUUGUGUUGGAAGGAAAAAUAAUAAAUUUGUAUUUCUUUUCUCUGGUUA